AUGGACGAGGAGUACAAUUUUUCGGUCGACGACGCCGAGCGCGAGACGAUCCGGGUCUGGCGCACAUGGCGAACAGUCUUUGAGAUGCUGCAGGACCGCGGCUACGAGGUCACAGAUGAGGAAGUCCGAAUCGAACUCGACGAAUUCAAGCACAAAUAUGUGAACGAAAAGGGUUAUCCCAGCCGCGACAAACUAAAAAUCCAAGCCCGCCCAACCGAAGCCAUGAAAGCCAAAUACACACCCCUUCCGACCCCCUCAAACCGCGACCCGCAACCAGACUGCGGCACAAUCUACAUCGAAUUUUGCCCAGACGACAGCGGCAUCGGCACAAAGCAAGUGCGCACUUUCAACCACACCGUCGACGAAGGAAACUUCCACACGGGCAUCUUCAUCACCAAGACGCCCAUCUCCCCCUCUGCCGUGCGCCUCCUCUCCGGCAUCCCCGGUCGCAUAUGCGAGCACUUCCAGGAGCAGGAUUUGCUGGUUAAUAUCACGCGACACGAACUUGUCCCCAAGCAUGUGCUGCUGAGUCCCGAGGAGAAGUCGCGGCUGUUGCAGAGGUAUCGGUUGAAGGAGUCGCAGUUGCCGAGAAUUCAGGUGUCCGAUCCCGUUGCGAGGUACUUGGGGCUUCGGAGGGGGCAGGUUGUGAAGAUUAUUCGGCGCAGUGAGACGGCGGGAAGAUAUGCGAGUUAUCGCUGGGUUAUUUGA